CUACGGUGAAAGCGGAAUGCAGGCGUUUCGUGCCCUCGCCGAAGCCCGUGGAAUCUGCAUUGCAGCUUCCGCUAGUAUCUACAGCGGUUCAAAGGCGUCGGAGUUUGAUAAGAUCAUAGACACCUUGGAAAACACACGUACAGCUCAUGUUGUGGUCUGUUUCUGUGAGGGCAUCACUGUUACGAAGCUCUUGAAGGCCACCAGGAGGAAAGGCAAGGUUGGGAAGUAUCUUGUGAUAGGAAGUGAUGGUUGGGCCAAUCGUAAGGAGGUCGUCCGUGGCGUCGAGGAGGAAGCGAUCGGUGCGAUCUCCAUCAAACCCCACACCGAGCACUACCACGACUUCGAUUCCUACUACUUUGGUCUCAGUCCGGAAAACAACACCAGGAAUCCUUGGUUUCGAGAUUUCUGGCAGGAGAGAUUCAACUGCCUGCUGCCGUCAUCAGAGACCGAGUCUACCGACCCACCCCUAUCAUCAUUCUAUCUCGACUCACCCAAGAACUGCACAGGUGAUGAGAGUCUGGAGGACGGUUACAACCAGGACACCAAGAUGAGCUUUGUUGUGAAUGCCAUCUACACCGUGGCCUACGGAUUACAUAAUCUUCAGCAGCGGAUAUGCGGGGUAGGAACGGUUGGUCUAUGCCCAGAGAUGCAGCCCAUAGAUGGUCGGGAGUUACUCGAAGCUCUCUUUAAUGUUUCCUACUUUAGCAUGUCUGGCGAUCAUAUCAAGUUUGACCAAAAUGGAGACCCACCGGGAAAGUAUGACAUCUACAACUUCCAGCGAUCAUCUGACGGCAGAUCCUUUGAUUACGUCACAGUAGGAGCUUGGGAGGAUGGUUUGCUGUCGAUGAAUGAUUCUAUUAUGAUGUGGAAUAAUGGAUCAGACUUCAUCACUAGGUCCUUCUGCAGUGAACCCUGCCCGCCUCAUCAUGCUAAGAAUAUUCGUGAUAGCGUGGAGUGCUGCUGGGCCUGUGUACCGUGCAAGGAUAAUGAAUACAUGCUGAACGAGUAUACAUGUGAAGCGUGUGGGCAAGGAUGGUGGCCUAACCCACAACUAGGCGGUUGUUAUGAGAUUGAGGCGGAGUACAUGAAGUGGCAUGAGGUCCAAGCGAUCGCUGCCAUGUGUUUCUCAUGCGUGGGUAUUCUCUUGACCGUCUUUGUAACCGUCACUUUCAUUCGUCACAACGACACCGCACUCGUCAAGGCUUCCAGCCGUGAGAACAGCUAUAUCCUCCUCGCUGGCAUCUACCUGUGCUUCCUCGUGACUUUCCCCUUCAUCGCUAAACCCUCAACGGAAGUCUGUUACUUCAGACGCAUCGGGUUAGGGCUAAGCUUCUGCAUCUGUUACGCGGGACUCGUCGUACGGACCAACCGCAUGGCGCGAAUCUUGGCGGGGAGCAAGAAGAAGAUAUUGACGCGGAAACCUCGCUUCCUGGGCAGCACGGCGCAGGUCGUGAUGACGUUCGGCGUUAUCAGCUUCGAAAUCGGGAUCAUUGUGGCAACCCUGGUUCUAGAGAGACCCGCUGCUGUGCUCGACUACCCCGACCUGCGUCGCGUCCGGCUCAUCUGUAACACGACCACAUUCGGGUUCGCAGCGCCAUUGGGCUACGACGCACUUCUCAUCUCACUCUGUACGCUGUAUGCCUUCAAGACCAGGAACCUUCCAGAGAACUUCAACGAAGCAAAAUAUAUCGCAUUUACCAUGUACACCACCUGUAUAGUCUGGCUAGCCUUCAUCCCUCUCUACUUUGGGAGUGACUUAAAAGAGAUUGUGGUUUGUUUCGCAGUCACCCUCAGCGCUACAGUAACCCUAGGCUGUCUGUUCUUUCCUAAGACGUACAUUAUCUUGUUGAAACCAGAGAGAAAUCGACGUAGUUCCAUGACGACAUCUAACCUCGUCCGUAUGCAUGUUGGUAGCUUCAAUGAAUCAGCUCCUUGUAGAAGCAACAGUAGUAGCAAUGGCACCUUAGACGGUUGCAAUGAGAAGCUCUUGGGAGGCGACAGGAACGCUGUCGGUGUAAGGGGAAACCGCAAGAAGAAUAAUAGUCCUUUGACUGGAUCGUCUCAACGGGAAAAGUCGCGAGAGAAGAAUCGAGAGAAGUCUCCUGGGAUCUUCUCCGCUCUCAGGAGGAGAAAGAGACCGAACAACACCAAACACAUGAAGGCGGUACAGCGGGACAGGCUGCUGUCCAAACGCAAGCAGCCGCUAUAUCGUUAUGGGAAUUCAACCAAUGUGACGCCAUCCCCCAACAGCAAGCCUCGCCCGUGGAGGAAGGGGAUAGCAGCAUGGAGAAGGCAUUGGAGGAGAGAUUAAGUCAAGCUCAGGAAGCGAGUAGAGCCAUGGGAUGCUUAAAACCGUCUAGGACACCGAGUAGGGGUGGGGAGAUGAAACAUAGAGACGGACCCUCGAAAUCUUCUGUAGAUGUGGAAAUGGAGAUACCGGCGGCGAGUUGCAGUGGUGCAGGUAAACAGGGUCAAAGGUCAAUUAUGAAAAAUUCUCAACCUAAUGAGAGGACAGGUGCAUCAGGAGAGUGUACGCAUGCUCCUUCUUCACUUCCUAACCCGCGCCCGCCCCUUGGACAGGGUGCAUCCGCUUCAAAGGGCACGGCGACGGGACAAAGCGAUUCCAAACCUCAGGCUAAUGUGCUUCCUCUUAGAGUUCGUCGCUCGUUCAGCGACGAAACCAUCAAUAAGAAACAAUGUUCUUCACGACCAUCGUCGUCAUCGACCAACUCGGGAGGUGACUCGAGAUUCUUAGGUGUCGAUAGACAACAACAUACACACAUCGCUGGCGGUUCGUUCAACCAAAUCUACCCUGAUCUUCUGCAAGUGUUGCCGACGGGUGAGGUUGGGCCGUCUCACGGGGAUCCUUCCCGCGGACAACGGAUCGCUGAAGGUCAUAGAAACAAUCUCUCGAGUGAUCGGCUUCACACGCAAAGUGAUGUCUCGCCGCUCGAAAGUGUGAAAAGAAGUGUUCGCUUUGACGACAGGACCCUCGCAGAAGGCGAUAAUGCUCCAGAAUCACGUGACUCUCGAAACAACAAUCCUUCUCGAUGGGGGGAGGGGGACCAUGUUGUUACCAUACCCAAUGAAAUACUAGGGGUACUUACUUCUAUUAAGUCAUCGGAUGUAUGAAAUGCAAAAAAAUGCUAGUCAUCAAUUUUUCGAUUGUAUGUUUUCCGUUUUUUCAACAGCCAAAUCUUUGCCUCUGUUUCUUUGCUAAAAGAUUUAUUUCUUAUGAAUAUCUGAGUUAAACCUCAACAUUAUUGUAUAUGCUCUUAAGCUUCUUUCGAAUGUCUGACUUUUGACAUCCAUAUCCGUGUUUAGUGUAGUGGUAUAAAUUAGACUUUAAGUGGUCAUUCGUUAAAUAGAAGAUGGAACAAAUUCAAAAAAUGCUUUGCUGCAGCAAAGAAGAAAAAAGAAAGAAAAGGGAAAACAUCAUAAACCGAAUAGUUAAGCAUGGUAAGAGCCAUUUGUUUUCUGAAAUGUUUAGUAUUUUGUACCGAGAUACUACAAAGUUCUAGGCAUUUGGAAAGUUAUGAUUUGAAGAAAUAGCGUUGACCUUUUUUGAAAGGUAUCCUUCUUUCCCAAUAUAAAUGAUUAUCUGAUUGAGUGACGUAUACAGAACUGUCACGUUCACGAUGAAACAAGUCAUCAAGAGCAUAUCAUUGGAGAAAACGUAUUUUAAAAACUCUUUCGGCAAAAUCAGUAAAAUUGUCUCUCUAUUUUUCGCUUGCGGAGUCAGUUGCACUGGUGCAAUGGCUAUCCGAUAU